ACUCUUAAAACACGUGCAGUUGUGUUUGGUUAUGGUUAUGUUGACCAAUGUUGACAUGAAGGCGGUCUUCUUUGAUACACAUGAUAUGAAGGUUCGCAAGAUUUUUGACGAAAAUAAAUCCACAGAAGGAUAAUAUAAUUUUAUAUAUUUAUUGAAGCAAUAAUCGAAUAGUAAAGAUUGUUGUUUAUCUAAACAUCGAAUUAUUUUGUGAGAUUACAUAUACAUAUCGUGAAAAUGUUUGUUCUCGCGGAAUUGAAAGACACGGUUAGAAUCCCACCGUGGAAAUUUAAGCGGAAAUUAAACGAUGCGAUUACUGAUGAACUUAAUAGAAAACUUGCCAACAAGGUUUAUCUUAAUGUGGGUCUCUGCAUUGCUCUUCAUGAUAUCACGAAGAUUGAGGAAUCAUACAUCUUUCCCGGAGAUGGAGCAUCUCAUACUAAAGUAAUAUUUCGUUUUAUUGUAUUUCGUCCGUUUAUGGAAGAAAUUUUGAUAGGGAAAAUACGUAGCUGCAGUGUUGACGGCGUACACGUAACAUUAGGAUUCUUUGAAGAUAUUGUAAUUCCGCCUCAUAAACUGCAACAUCCAUCGAGAUUUGACCAAAUGGAGCAAGCAUGGGUAUGGGAGUAUGAUACAGGCGAUGGCGAAAAACAUGACUUAUUUAUGGAUGCAGGAGAAAUUAUACGAUUCAGGGUAGUAGGUGAAACGUUCACGGAAGCUUUACCUACUGGACCAAAUGUAUCCGGAGAAUCUGUAGAAAAACCAGAAGCUAAAAAUAUAUCUCCGUAUACUUUAGGGGGUGCUAUAGACGAGCCAGGACUCGGAUUGCUCACAUGGUGGGAGAACACUUAACACUGUGAGAAUAAAUUUGGAUCAAUAAAUUUUUAUUUCACAGCACAUUCCAUCAUGUUAUCACGUUUUAAUGUUACAUCCGUGAUCGGCGCCAUGCGCGACCCGAUUUCAGAUAGAAUCUUCACUGUGCGGAUAUAUCCAUAUUUAGUUUCCAUUGGUAACAGAAUUAUUAAUUAUCAUUUGUACAAUAUAUACAAAGACGUUGUGUGCUAAAUAUGUGGUAACACGCAAAAAAUAAUUUCAGUUCGGUAAAAUUCGAGGUCAUGCUAAACAUUACACAGAAGUUAUUCGGUGGUAAAAGUCUCAACAUAAAGAACAUCGCAUAGUCAGUAUUCGUUUGACUGCAACAGUGGCGUGAAAUCUUUCACAUCGUUACGUGCUGAUGGAGCAUAGUUACGACAAAUUUCGUAUAGCUUCUUCUUCUUUUUUUCUUUAAGUAACCGUCGAAACCGUUUAACAGUAUUAAACACAUAAAAUACGUUUUUCUAUAUUGCGGUAUAUCGUUACAUUGAAUGAAAAACAUUCGAGAACUUAGCUAGGUGUAAGCCUUAAAUUUAGGAAACAUUAAUUACAUGACAGUGGAAUAUACGUAGAUAAAAUAGAACUGAAAACAUUUCUAGACGAUAGAUACAUGUGCAAUGAUCGUUUUUUGGUUGUUCUUUUUUUUCAUUUUUAAUUUUUAUACUUCAGCAACACGUGUCGUCGAACAUCACGCGAAUCGUGUUUUGUAAAUAAAUAAAAGUCUCCGUUAUAAGA